AUGAGCUCUCAUCACCCUCGUAGUUCCCCUUUGAUUCUCAGCUCUCUUCUCUUUUUCUUCAUCUUCACUGGUGUUUCGGCGUCCUGUCCAAGUGAAGAAUGCGGAGGAGUCCACAUCCCGUACCCAUUUGGAAUCGGAGAGGGCUGCUAUCUCAAUGAAUGGUACAAAAUUACAUGUAACACCUCUAUCUCAGGCAAACCCGUCCCUUUUCUUUCACGUGUUAACAAGGAAGUAGUGAAGAUAUCUAUUCCGAGUCCGCUUGGUGCUGAUAAAGUAGGACAGGGGUCAGUUCGCAUAAAAAACCCAAUAACUACAAAGGGAUGCUCCCCCAGCGACGAAUUCGAAGACGAGUCGACUAGAUCGCUUUUGAAUUUGACGGGGAGCCCUUUUUACGUUGGUCUCCAUAAUACACUGGUAGCGAUUGGUUGCAACAAGAUGGCGGCGUUGUUGACACAUGUCGAGCCAAUCCUGGUGGGAUGCCUCUCGAGUUGCCUCUCGACAAACCGUACUAGUUCGAAAGAGUAUCUCGCAGUAAUCGACUGUAACGAUAAUAGUCCCUACAGCUCCGAGUUCUGUGCUAGACGAAGUGGAAAUGAAAAAAGCUGCAACGGUACUGGAUGCUGCCAGGCAAGCAUGCCCGAUAGUUUUCAACAGGUUGUUGGUGUCAGAAUAGAUGAUUAUGAUAACGCCACCACAACAAAAGCAGGAGCGUGUAAAUAUGCCUUCUUAACAGAUGAUGAGUCACACUUUUCAUCAAAUGAAUCAUCUGUAUCUAAACUACUCCGUGCUCAAGGGUUUUAUAAAGAAGGAUAUGCUCCAGUUGAACUAGGAUGGUUCAUCUAUCCGACGAAUCUUUCUUUCCUAGACUCUCUUAGAUGCACAAAUACGAAAGAGUAUCAAGGAGGCUCAUAUCAAAAGACUCUCCUAAUAAGUUGUGUAUGUGAAUAUACUCCUCAUUUAUAUGCAAGUUGCAGAUGCAAUUAUGGUUACACAGGCAACCCAUACAUUCCGGGAGGAUGCAAAGAUAUCAAUGAAUGCCUAAUAAAAAGAAAAGAUGGGGAUCCGUACUGUGGGAGAGGAGGAACGUGUGUCAACUUGCGAGGAAGCGCUAGGUGCGUGUACAAAAAUCAUCGGCCACUUGCAAUAGGGCUUGGUUCGAGUUUUGGUUCAUUGAUCUUUAUUGGUGGAAUAUACUGGCUAUACAAAUUUAUUAGGAAGCAAAGGAGAUUGAUCCAAAAGAAGAAGUUCUUCAAGCGUAACGGAGGUUUAUUGCUGCAACAACAAUUAACUUCAACCGAAGGCAACGUCGAAAAAACAAGAGUGUUCAGCUCGAGAGAGUUGGAAAAAGCCACAGAAAACUUUAGCAAAAACAGAAUACUUGGCGAGGGUGGUCAAGGUACUGUGUACAAAGGAAUGCUUGUUGAUGGUAGCAUUGUAGCCGUGAAAAAAUCUAAAGUAGUGGACGAAGACAAGUUAGAAGAGUUCAUCAACGAGGUUGUCAUUCUCUCGCAGAUCAACCACAGAAACAUCGUCAAACUCUUAGGCUGUUGCCUUGAGACACAAGUUCCAGUUCUCGUCUACGAGUAUAUUUCCAACGGCAACCUUUUCGAACAUCUUUACGAUGAGUUCGAUGAUUACACGAUAACCACUUGGGAAGUGCGUCUCCGCAUUGCUAUAGAAGUUGCAGGAGCUCUUUCAUACUUGCACUCGGCCGCGUCAUCUCCAAUCUAUCACAGAGACGUCAAGUCCACAAACAUAAUGUUGGAUGAGAAAUAUCGAGCCAAAGUAUCUGACUUUGGCACUUCAAGAACUGUAACGGUAGAUCAUACACAUCUCACAACUGUGGUUUCAGGUACUGUGGGAUAUAUGGAUCCAGAGUACUUCCAGUCUAGCCAGUUCACAGACAAGAGUGAUGUUUAUAGCUUUGGAGUGGUGCUUGUGGAGCUUAUCACCGGAGAGAAGCCAGUUUCUUUCUUGCGGUCUCAAGAAAACAGGACACUGGCGACUUAUUUCACUCAUGUAAUGAAAGAGAACAAGCUCUUUGACAUUAUUGAUGCACGGAUCAGAGAUGGCUGCAAGCUAAAUCAAGUGACUGCAGCGGCGAAAAUUGCAAGGAGGUGUUUGAAUAUGAAAGGGAGAAAACGACCAAGCAUGAGAGAAGUGUCCAUGGAAUUGGAAAAGAUUCGGGCGUCUUCUUCUGUUGAUAUGCAGCCAAAUGAUGAGUAUGUUAGCGAAAAUGAGGAAGACAAUGAACAACGAGUCAUGGACGUUAACAUUGGAGUAGAAUCAUGGAACAACGUGGCUGUUACCGCUCCAGCUUCUCAAUACAACGUGGCUUCAUCUUCUUUGUCAUCGUCCGAUAUUGAACCGUUGUUUCCUCUUCAAACACGGUAG